AUGGCUUCCUACAACCCAUUUGCCCGGCGCGAAACUCAUAACCCACAUGCGUUGACUGUCUACCGCAUCUUGGUCCCACUGACCUGGGCCCUGGUUGUCAUCGUUGGCAUCUACUACUCCGUCCAUUCGCCGGAUGAUGUCAAGCACAGCCACAAGAUCUGGAAGCAGGCCAACAAGCAUCCCACGCCGUUCAGCCAACAUACUACUGUUACUGAAAUUUAUUGGAUUCUCUUGCUUCUGUCUCAGCUCAGCUAUGUCUGGCAUCUGUUCUCCAAAGACACUGCUAUCGUCGCUGCUGCCGCCAAUGUGGCUACGCAUUUUAUCUUGAACAACCUGUUCACCUUCGCCUGGAUCCUACUAUGGACUCGCAACCACUUCUGGGGAGCCGAGAUCAUCCUAAUCGCCCAUCUGUUCAACCAGGCCAUCACCUACUGGCGCUACACUGGCCUGCCUGCGUUUGUGCAUAUCCCCGCCGUCGCUGGCCCGUAUGCCUGGACCUUGACCGCGCUCUUCUGGAAUGGCGCCGUGGCAGCCCAUAGCCACAAUCUGCCUGGCCGCAUUGUGGCCAACAUCUUCAUCUGGGUGAUUCUCGUAGUGGGCCUGUUCCAUAUUGCCGUCCGCCAAGAUUAUGCGUUGGGCUAUUGCCUGAGUUUCCUCACUCUGUCGUUGGCUCUCGAGCAAAUCGGCAUCAAGAUUAUCGCGCUGCAAUGGAUCUUCGCCUUUGUGAUUUUUGCAGUCUUCCUGGCUACCUCGCUGUACGUCUCUAGCACGAAGUACUACGGCCGCGACAGUUUGUUCCGCCGCAUUACCCAUCCCGAGUCCACCGACCGCGAAAGACAGCCGCUGCUCAACGAGGAAGCUUAA